UGACCUCCCAUACUAUUCUCCAGCGAAAGACGGAGUAACAGAAAAUCCAGAAGCGACGUCAUUAGCAAUAGGUAUAGGAAUCGAAGAACGAGAAGAAGAAAUGCCAGAGUUGUGAGACAGAACAGAAAUCGGUAAUAGAUAGAAACAUAAAUUUGAAGAACAAGAAGAAGAAGAUGGCGAAUCAGUUGGAGAAUCUGGUGGCGAGCAUAAAGUCGAAAGUCCGAUCGCUGAAGAAAUCGAAGAAGCCGUACGUCAAAAUGGACAAGAGCGCGAGCGUGAAGGUGGAGAUCCGAAGCCGGAAGGCUCGAAAGCUCAUCGAUAAGACGUUGAAGGCCGCCGAUCAUCCCGGCAAGAGCUCCGUCGGCUAAUCAUGGCUUUUCAAAUUUCUGAUUCAUCCCUUCUCGUCAAUCCCAAUGCACGCUUCGGAAUCCUGUGAAGACAGGUUCUUGCUUCCAUACAGUUUUAGUUAAUCAAAACGCAGUUUCUGUAAUUUGAAGUAAGAAUGCGCUAAUAUAAUAUCUAUUAUUAAUAUGACAUCUUCUUGUUCUCCAGA